AUGGCACAGGGAGUAGCCUUUGAAAUGACGUUGAUGCUUGUCCUAGUUCUUUCGUUGUUGACCACAAGUGUCUUUUCGUUCUCGUGUAAGGAUCAAAACAAUAAGGAUGUCGAUUGGUUCGCUGUCUAUAAAAUGCCAAUUGAAAAGGGGGACAACUCGGUGCCAGGGAUUGGAACAGGUGUCGCAUGGUACUACCUGGAUUCCAACAAGAAAGGGGCACUCCUACCAUCUGAGAAAACACUCGAUGAUAAAGACCAGGCCAUCGCCUACACAUUGAACCAGUUCUAUGAGAAGCGUACUGAUCCAACCAUAUUCCAUAUCAUGUACAACGAUGAGCCAUACAACAGUACUUCAUCACCACUUCUGGAUAUGCUCACGUCAAAUCGGAUCGAUGCAGCUACCAUACAGUUUGGGCACACGAAAGGUACAAUGUUCUUUGAUGGAAGUGAUGGUGUAUGGCUGAUUCAUAGCGUUCCUAAGUUCCCACCUCCGAGUCAUUAUGAAUAUCCAUCAAGUGGACAUGAUUACGGACAGACGAUGUGGUGUCUUUCCUUCCCGUACUCUCAGCUUGGAAAAAUA